GCGACAACCUGCUGCGCCAAGGGCCACGCCGGCGCGCCCCGGCCGCAGCGCCAGUCGCUGCAGCACCAACACCAGCACCACCUCCCGCACAGGACGUCCCAGACCGAGCAGCCCACCAGCGCAGACUUCGCCAGGGAGCAGGAGAUCCUGAUGCUGCAGCAGUGGCGCCGCGACUGGCGGACGAUCGCACUGGCAGCGGCGGUCGGCGUCGUGGUGCUGGUCAUCAUCGUCGUCACAUCGUCUCUGCUCAGCGGCGCACUCGGCGUUCGCGUCAGGGAGGAGGUCGCCACCAUGAAGAACAUCUUGUCCGGCUACUACAAAGCAAGGAAAUUCAAUGGAUCCUGGAUUUCAGAUGACAAAUUCUUCUAUCGUGACAAGAGGAACAAUGCUGUACUGUUUGAUUUGCUCAGUAGAAGACAUCAAAUAAUGACAGCAAACAGAUCCUUGAUUUCAACACUGACAGACCCUGAGUACAGACUUUCACCUGAUCUGAAAUACAUUCUCAUAAUGUACAAUGUGUCACGUCUUCCAAGGUCAUAUGUGGGACAAUAUGAAAUUUUUGACAUAGAUCGCCAGGAAAGCUAUCCACUACUGAGUAUGGAGAAGAAUGAAGAUAGGCAUUUGCUAAAUCUAGUUGUUUGGGCACCAGUAGGAAAUGGGCUUGCAUAUGUUUAUCAUAAUAAUAUAUAUUACAGACAAACUGUGGAUUCACAAGAUUACAAGCUUACUCAAACUGGUAUUCCACAUGUUGUGUACAAUGGUGUACCAGAUUCAAAUUACUUGGCAAUUUGGUACCCUAAGGAUGAAGCUAUGUGGUUCUCACCAAAUGGAAAAACCCUGGCAUAUGCAAGUUUCAAUGAUACAUUAGUUCAUACCAUGCCAGUAAUCCAGUAUGGAAGCUUAUACCCUGAAGUGAUUAACAUUCAUUAUCCAAAGCCUGGAACACCAAUACCUGAAGUUUCUGUACAACUGAUUGAUCUGGAUUUGGCAAUGAAAGAUGUUUUGGACAACUCAAAACUUAUUUUACCCCCACAGGAUUUCGAAAACAGAGACCCAAUAUUAUGUGGUGUUACAUGGCCAUCUGAGAAUGAAGUUGUAGUUCUGUGGAAAAAUAGAGUACAGACAGUUGCAAAAAUAAUGGUCUGCAUGAUUGACGAUGGGGACUGCCAUGAGGUUUACACAACAGACAACAGAAAUGCUUGGGUGGAUUUUUAUCAGUUGCCAAUUUUUUCUCCAGAUGGUAAAAUGAUGGUACUGGUUGAUGCCCAUGAACAAGACAACAAUGCUGGACAUUUCAGGCAUGUCACUCUGGUGCAGAUGAAACAGACCCUUCCCAUUGCUAAGCCACUGACAGAAGGAACCUACUCAGUUGUUGAAAUUGUUGACUGGGACCCAUAUUUUCACAAAAUAUAUUUCUUGGCAACUUUACCUGGAAAUUCAGCAGUACUUCACUUGCACAGUGUAUCAGACAAGCCAAAUUUCCCUUACUAUUCUGUGCAGUGUCUCACAUGUAAUCUCAGUUCUCGAUAUCAUAACGCAAUAUUCAGUAAAAAUCAUUCAUACUACAUUCUUCAAACUCUAGGGCCUGAGGUUCCAGAAACUUACAUAUACAAUAAGGAGCAGAAGAGAUUAAUGGUGUGGGAAGAAAAUAAAGAGCUGAAAGAACGUUUAAGUCUUACUCUUCUCCCAGCAACUAUGAAUCUGCAAGUUGAUGUCCCAGAGGAUUACAAAGCACAGGUCAGGUUGUGGUUACCUCCAACCUGGGAUAUAAGCAAAAUGAAGUAUCCUUUGGUUGUAGAUGUGUUCAGUGCGCCAUCUUCCUGUGACAUAACAGAUAAAUAUGAGGUGGACUGGCGAACAUAUUUAACAGUAAACAGGAGUGUUGUAUAUGCUGUCAUUGAAGGAAGGGGAUCAGGCUGCAAAGGUGACAGGAUAAUGCAUGAAGUUUAUAGAAAUCUUGGUCAGUUUGAAGUUGAAGAUCAAAUACAUGUUACAAGGAGACUUUUGGAUAUAUUGAACUUCAUUGAGAGUUCUAAAAUUGCUGUAUGGGGCUGGAAUUAUGGUGGUUAUGUGACAUCACAAAUCAUGGCAAAAGAUAAAGGAAACAUAUUCAAGUGUGGCAUCGCUGUUUCACCCAUAACUAGUUGGCUGCACUACCAUGCCAUGUACACAGAGCGGUACAUGGGCCUCCCUACAGUGGAAGAUAAUCUUGAGAACUAUGUUACAUCAGAUGUUCUCAAUGAUACUGAGAACAUAAGGAACAAAAAAUUCUUUUUAAUUCAUGGAACAAUGGAUGACAAUGUUAACUAUCAACAUUCUAUGCUACUUGCUAAAAACUUACAGAGUAAAAAUAUUCUUUUCAGGCAAAUGAGCUAUGCAGAUGAAAGGAAUGACCUCUUCCAAGCCCGUACACAUCUUUAUAAGACAAUGGAAAAGUAUUUGGAAGAAUGUUCAGUUUUAGAGUGGUAAAGAUACAGUGUACUGAUGAUCAUCAUAUUUCAAGAACUGUCAUGAUUGUUCAUUGAACAAAAUACAAUCAAAACAUAUUUUUUUCUGUCACUCUCAAGAAUCCAAAAGUAGUAAAUGUCUUAGUGACCCUCGCUGCUAAAGCAUGGAACUACACUUUAUGGGUUCUAUACUUUAACAUUGUCAAAAUAUUGUAAAACAUUUUGUAAUGGGAAUAUACUCAUAGACAAACUGUAAAUAUAUUUGUAUAAAAGCUAUUGAAAAACCAGCCAAAAGAAAGAGGACUAAAACAUAAGUUUCUUCUUUUGUAUUCUGUAUAUUACUCUUCUGGCAUCUUCUGAUUGCCAAAAAUGUGAUAACCACUCAUACAACUGCAGAAUAGUUUGUGUGUGGCUUUUCAAAUGCUCUCUGUAUUUUUAACAAGGACCCAGUUACCUCAGAAGCAAAUUUGACUUAUAAAUGUUUGUUCUCACAUCUGUUCUUCAUUUGAAUCUACUUUGUAAAUAGAAUAAUGACCUGUUUUUUCACUAGAUUAUGUAUGUUUAUCUUUGACCUUUCAAAUAUUUGUCAAAUAAGCAUCUUUUAAAUUUAUGUUUUCUGCUCGGCAAGACAGUAAUGUGGAAUGCAUUUGUUUAUAAUGAAUGACAAAAAUUCCAGACUGGUAUCAACAUUGGUGAGUGUCAUCCACAGAAAAAUAUCUGACAUGUUUAUAUGAUUCUCCACAGUGAAUUCUGAAGUACUGUCUGCACUGUGACUAGCACAUCACAAGUGUUGCAAAUUAGUUGCUGUCAAUGUAAUGUUAUUUACGUCUGCUGAUGCAUAUAAGAAAUUGUUGUAACAUUCUGGAAAACAAUGGCUUUUAGAAUAAAUAUCUAGGAUAUAAAAGAAUUGUGCUUGUGAGACAGUUCAUUACUUAACAAUACUCCAUAUUUUCUUAAGAACUAAUGGUAUGCAAAAUCAGAGAAUGAAACACAUAGAAAAGAAACUAGCCAUCAAUCCACAAGUACAUGAAAUGACCUAAUGAUAUUUUACACAAAUCAUAUCAGCCAUAAAAUGAAUCUAUUUGAGGAAAUGAGAUCCUCACUGGUCAUUUUCUGACCUCGUGAACCAUUCUAAAUCUACUGGCUCACUAAUAAACAACAAAACACGUAUUUUGCUCACAUGUGCUCAUCACUGUAAAUGAAAGAACCCUCAUUAAAUAUUUAAUUAUAAAUAAACAUGGCCUGUUUAUAGCUCCUUGAGCUCUUUUCAGUAGUGCUCUUAGAAUUUACUUAGGUUGCACCAUAUUCAAAUGACAUGCUACUUUAUUAAUUACUAAAAUAAAUAAUUACUUUAUUAAUUAUUAAAUACAUCUUAAAUCAGCAUAUAUAACACAUUAGGAGAAUGGGACUGGUUAUGGCCUCAAAACUCUGUAUUCACAUUACAUACAUAUGUUAAGGAUUUAGAGUUCUAGGACAUUUCCAUCAAUCAAACAUAAUUAAAAUGUGUGUUUAUAUUGCUUAUACUUCCAAUUGUGAUACAAGGUGAUCAGUGAUGAUAACUGGCACUUUCAGCUGUCAUUUGAUGUAUUGUUUUUGACUAUGUCUUUAUGCAUGUAUGUGCUGUUAACUUUUGUAUGUUUGUUGUAGAAAUACUGAUUUCUGUAAACUAUUGUAAAUUUCUUAAUUUUUUAGUACAGCUCUUGUUAGUUAGUUGUAAUGAGUUUGUCUCAUUGGUACAAACAUUUUUGUGAAUCUUGAACUUAUAUAGAAUUAGAUGAAGAUGUGAAAAUUGAUUUCUGCAAUAUCAGCAUGGGUUCUUUUCAUAGCUCGACAUGAGGCCUGGCAUUAUAGCUUCAUGUUCUGUCUCAUUGUCAGGCUAGUCACUUAGCUGCUUCACACGGUGCCUGGGAAAUUCUUUUGCCCAGCGCUCCUCUAGUGCCACCUGGGAACACAACUCUACUUCACAAAGUUUGCAAUAGCCUCAGCCCUGUGUUUACAAUUCUCACCCACUGUUGGCCAAGCAGUGAGUGUUGCCUUACAUAUUGUGUACCGAGAAUUGUAAAUGAAAGGACUGAACAAUACAAACACUUCUGAAUAACUGAAGUUGUCUUUGUUAGUGAGUAAUUUAUCUAACAAUGGAAACUCCAGAUAGGAGUAGAUUAUCGAGUAAUUUAUCUGCCAUAUAAAAUACUCACAGUAAGCUGUGUCAUAAAUUUAUCUUUGCACCAAUGAUGUAAUAUACUGAAUUCUGUAAUCUCUU